AUGGCAAGUGGUGAUUCUAUGAAGGAUAUGACAAGCAAUUUUGACAAAUUGAACAAGUUUGAAGGGCAAGAUUUCCGUAGAUGGCAGAAGAAGAUGCACUUUCUCCUUACCACUCUGAAAGUGGUGUAUGUUCUGAGUACACCCAUGUCAGUCUUACCAGAAUCUGUUGAAGAUGAACCUUUGGAGGCAACAAAAAGGAGAUCAAAGUGGGAAAAUGAUGAUUACAUAUGUCGUGGUCAUAUUCUCAAUGGUACGCCUGUUAUGGAACAAUUCCAUGAAAUGUUAAAGAUCCUAGGACAGUUUGCUCAACACAAUCUGAAAAUGGAUGAAGCCAUUGUUGUGGCUGUGAUAAUUGACAAACUGCCCCCUUCCUGGAAAGAUUUUAAACAUAAUCUAAAACAUAACAAAGAGGAAUUAACUUUGAAUCAACUUGGAAGUCAUUUACGGAUUGAAGAGUCGUUAAGGACUCAAGAACCUGAUAACAAUCUUAAAGGCAAGAACCAAGUUGGUUCCUCUUCUGUGAACAUGGUGGAAGGAGAAAGUUCAAAGAAUCCCAAGAAGUCUAAUGGAAAAAGGAAGUUUAAAGGAAAGGAUGACAAGUCUUCCAACAAAGGCUAA